AUGACGAAUAAAGAGCCUCCAAAGAUUGAGAUUCAGCGCACUUUCCCUACUCUUGACGAGAGCCUUUAUAACUUGCGCCCUCAAGACGCUGCAUUUUACAAGGAUCUGACCGGAAUUGAAGACGAUGCCACUCUGAAGCAGCAUAUAUUGGAUGUUCAAGCAGAGGCAUAUAAGGUUGCUCCCUACGUGUGCAUUUACCUUUUCUCUUUUGCCAGACGCAGGAUGUUGGGGCUACCUGCUUAUCAGCAAGUUGUGCGCAUCGGACGUGAACACAAGAACCCAAUUUUCCUUGACGUCGGCUGCUGCUUUGGAAAUGUCAUCAGGGAAGUGAUUCUUGAUGGUUUUCCUGCAGCUCAAACGAUUGGAACUGACCUCCAUCAAGAACUCUGGGAUCUGGGGCAUGAACUCUUCAAGUCGUCUCCAGAGACUUUUCCAGCUCACUUCGUGGGCGGGGACGCUUUUGACCCAGAUAUCCUCGCUGUGGCUCCGCCUGCGUCCCUACAUACAACAGAAGUUUCAACUCCCGACCUCAAUAACCUCACUUCGUUGAAUUCGUUACGCGGAUGUGUUUCCGCAAUUCACGCAACAGCCUUCUUCCACUUGUUUAAAGAAGAUCAACAGCUGCACAUGGCACGUGCAUUUGCUGGCCUUCUCUCCGCUGAAUCAGGCUCCAUCAUUCUCGGAGCGCACGCGGGUGCUCAACAGAAGGGUGUCGUGAAUCAAGUAUAUUGGGGUAUCGAGGUUGACAUGUUCGCCCACAGCGUCGAGAGCUGGACUUCUAUGUGGGAUGGGGAAGUAUUCGAGAAAGGGACGGUCAAGGUGGAUGCACAGUUAAGGGAGGUAUCCGAAGAUGUGGGUGGCGAUGAACGUUAUCCGCUGUUGCUCUGGUCUGUGACCAGACUGUGA